AUGGUUGCGGACGUGCCGUCGCCGUUGGGAAAGCUUGUUUUCGUGGCGUUCCUUCUGGCGGCGAGUGCCAUCAGUGCCGACGUUGAUCCCGCCCUAAAGCCGCUGGCACGCGCACCGCGAGGGCUCGGGUUCUUUCACAAGAUAACGCAUCUCGGGUCGCUGCUGUACCAGCAGUACAACGACACCACCUACACGCUCAAGAAUGUGUACGACCUGCUGAGCAACGAGUUCACCGACACCUUCACCACCACGACGCCCGAUCCACGUACCACGACCACCACACCCGAUCCGGCCACUAGCACCACGCCCAAGUAUCGGAUCUCGCGCGCCGAGCUCGGACGCAUCCUCAACCGGAACUACCGCGGUCUGCAGAAGCUGUUCCGUCUCGAGUGGAACGAAGCCUGGAAUCAAACGAAGUACAACAUUGAUGGGUACAAGCGGGAGCUGAAGAACUCCGCCUUUCCGCCACGCAACAGGACAGCCGGCGCGAGCGGAGCGAACCUCACGGUGCAGGUGGAUGCCAAGCUGAAGAGUCCCUGA